GUCAGUUAUUUGCGAUUAUCUUAAAUAUUUCAUGGUCUCGACUGAAAAUAAUGAAAUUUUACAUACUUGUAUGUUUUUUCCUAUCUGCUACUGCCAAAAAAAGAGAUGGAACUGAUCCACAAGAAAACGUUACAGCAGAAGUCAGUUCAUCAGUUUCAUUACACUGCAGGAUAAAAAAUUACAGAAAUUAUGAAGUGAUGUGGAUGAAGAAUUAUUCAAAGCUAUUAACAAUAAAUUUUGAUACUUACACAAAUGAUUCAAGAUUUCGUGCCGAGUAUGAAAAUCAUACAAAUGACUGGAUUUUGAAAAUAAACAAUGCCAAACAAGACGAUUCCGGAAAUUAUAAAUGCAUAGUAAAAUCCAAUCCGAAUUCUUAUUACUAUGUUAAUUUAACAGUUCUCAAACCGAAGAUUUCAAUCGAUGGAAAUUCUAUUUUGUUUCUCAAGGAAGGAAGUUCAUUGGUUCUAAAAUGUAUAAUAAACAAAUUUAUACAAAUUCCAAAAGAUAUUCACUGGUAUCACAACCAACGUAUAAUUAUUGAACAAAGCAAUCAAAUAGAAAUUACAGAUGAAACCUAUAAUAAAGGCAAAAGGGUGGAGUUAAUUAGAAAAUUACAAAUUCGAAACGUAACAACAAUGAAUACAGGAAGUUACACUUGCCGCUCUUCGAAUUUCUCAAGUAAUAGUAGCGUCAUGGUUCAAGUUUUUAACGGUAAUUAA